AUGAGCCCCAUGACAGCAACUGAUUUUGGUCUUACAGUGGCCUUCUCACUGGUAGUUAUAAUAAAUCUCCUUGGUAACGGCGCGGUGUGUUUCGUGGUUUUACGGUAUCGCGGCAUGAGAGCACCCAUUAAUUACCUGCUGGUGAACCUGGCUGUGUCAGACAUGAUGGUGGCUCUUGCUAUCACUCCACAGUACGUCAUAAGAUGGACAUUUCACCACCCUAACGGUACCGCAGGAGACCAUAUGUGCAAGUUCCUUACUGGAGGAAACUUUAUUUGGAUUGGUGGAGCAGCGUCUGCGUUUUCUUUGGUAGUGGUGGCAGUGGAGCGUUAUUUUGCCAUUGUUAGUCCCCUAAGUGACCGUUCCCGACUAACAAACCGUCGAUUAACGUUGUUUAUAACAGCUUCCUGGAUUUUUGCUUUAGUUUUGAACACUCCGUUGUUCUUUAUGCUUUUCUUUGAUAACAGGACUUCUCAGUGUGUGGAGCGUUGGCCAAAGAGACAGCUUGGUGAAGCGUACACAGUUGUAUGUUUUUUUACUUAUGGUGCCAUUCCGGUCGCCGCCAUGGCGUUUCUGUAUCUACGAGUUCUAUAUAAACUUUGGAAAACAGGUAUUCAAGCAACAGUUGUGUCAGAACAGGCCAGAGUCCGUGCAAGACUAAAGGUGACCAAAAUGGUUUCUGUCGUCAGUAUUAUGUACGCUGUAUGCUGGCUACCAAAUUUGGUAGUUUAUAUGCUGUCUCAAUUCGAACCAGGGAAUUACGGUUACAGUUCAUACUCAUUCAUAAUUUCUGUUGUACUUGUGGGUCUUAAUUCAGCCAUGAAUCCUUUUAUUUAUGCUCUCCACAGCGCAAACUUUCGCCAACAUAUCAGGGGUGCUUUAUGUUGUAGGACCUAUCGGGCAGUAGACUUUCUCAACCCUUAUAAUAGUGCAAACAUUUCUGGUAUAGUCAGCAGUAGAAACUUAUAG